AUUUUGACCUUAAACUAUUGCUUAAACUCCAUAAAACGAAUUUGCUGUGUUUUGCUUCGCUUAGUUCUAUAUCUGAAGAGGAAUCUUGAAGCUAUUAAUUUAUAUUAGAACAUCCUGUUAUUAAAAGUGUUAGUCCAAUCUCAGUUUAAAAAAUGGAAAAUGCAUACUUCUUCGAGUUCUACGAAGGCAAGGGUUUGGGUUUGAAAUCAUCAUCCGAAGGUGUCCUACCCAAAGGCAAGUGCAUUGGCCACUUGCUCUGGAUGGGAAAGACCUCCGAUUCGCAACCGCAGACACCAUCUCUACACCCGGACGCCCUCUUUGCCUUCACUUCCAUCACCGUUAUCCCUCUCCGCCGAACUUCGGUUACCCACUCUCUCCUUCUUGCAUUCACCCGCCGCGCAUCCCAUCUCCAUCUCCUCUCUAUUCCCCGACCUCUGCUACUUUCAUCCGAGGUUUACCGGACCAAGGAGACAAUCCAGAGAGAGGAAUCAGCGGUAGAAACCAAAAACAAAAAAGAAGGAAAGGAAAGCAGCAGAGGCCAUAACCACGAGAGGAACAUUCGGCUGAACCGGAGCUACCUCUUGGAACCAGAGAGUAGAAAUACAGAAGAAGGGUGUGAGGAGGCUGCACAGAAAACAGAGAAGGAGAAUUUGCAAAUUAAGAAAAGAUGCAGCACGACGAGGUCAUAUGGCAAGUUAUCCGGCACAAACACUGUAGUUACAUGGCCAAAAUCAAUACUGGGAUUUUCUGUAGGAAUCCUUAUAAUGUAACAGGGAUCUGUAAUCGUAGUUCAUGCCCUCUUGCAAAUAGUCGCUAUGCCACCAUCCGUGAUCAUGAUGGUAUGUUUAUGCUGUUGCUUUUCACUUUAUUUUGCCUGCCUUUUAGCUGCUGAGAUAGUGAUGAAAAAAAGAUGAGUGUUGAAU